AGUUUGUUUUCAUCCGUCAAAAAGUGGCUAUGGAAAAAUGGCUGCGCCCACAGAGUUUACAUUGGAAUCUGUCCGGGCUUUUAUGCUGGAAAGAGGUGGCAAAGUGACCAAUCACGAAUUGGUGAAACAUUUCAAACAGUUCUUGACCGAUCCGUACACAAAAGAAUAUGCCCGGGUGCAGUUCAAAGAGUACGUCAACACAUUGGCCUUGAUCCGUCAGGAGGAGAGCGACAAAUUUCUGGUCCUGAAACCCAUUUUUUAUCCGACGGAAUACUUGGCGACUGACAGGGUCAGGGACGUCGAUCCUUCGUACCACUCGGUCGGGCUGCCGCUGCUGCCAUCCCAGCCGCAAUACGUCCCGCCGCCACCGCCACAUGCACAACAACAACAUUAUGGGCAGCCGCCGAUGGAUGCGGCACCUGCUUUCAGAGCGCCACCGCCUUACCGGCCGCCACCCGAGCCGGCACCGUUCCGUCGCUCUUCUCUGUCCGGCUCGGAUUUGUCUCACUCGCCCGUCAACGUUUACCCUCCGCCGCAAGUACUGCCCUACAACAGCAACUACCAACCUCCUCCGCCGGCCAUCCCUCCGCUUCCGUCGCAGAAACUUCCGGCUCCACCACCACCACCUGCCGUCCACCAUUUCGUCCGUCAGACGAGUCUGCCGUCGGACGAUUUCAUUCCAGCCAGCGCCUAUCUGCUGCCCCAGCAGCAGCCCAUGCCCGAGCGCUCCGUCUCCAUUCAGGAUUUCUCGUCUCAUCACGUUCAGGAUCUGACGUCCGGCGGAUCUCCCGGCCCGGUCGUCCCACCCCGCCGGCUGAAAGCCCAGCGCAGCGACGACAAAGAGAACCACCUCGCCAGCCUGGGCUCUUCUUGUUCAUCCAUCGACGGAGUGGUGCUGGGCAGCAGCAGCAGCAGCACUGGCGGACUCAACAAUGAAGAGAUCAAGAUCAGCGUCAAAGAGCGGACGCAGCGUUUCAACAAAAUGGCAUCCGAAAUCGACUUGGUGCCCAAGAAUGGAACGUCGGAGCGACGCGAUAGCAAGUCCAAGUCGGGUGAUGACGACGAUACUUCAUCCGUUGGCACGAUGGAACCGCGUGCCAAAGAGUGGAUGCUGGCCACCGCCAGAGGCGAUUACCAUGCCAUCGCUCGACUGUUGCGUGAGGAGCCUCGACUGGCCAGGCGCCGGGACUUUGUAACGGUAAGGUUUCUCUACUGGACUGCACUGGGCUGCCAAACACGGCAACGACGACCUGAUCAAAUUGCUUGCUGGCACACACAAAUCAGAUGUCAAUGCCAGAACGAACGCUGGCUGCACUCCGUUGCACCUUGCUGCCAUGCAGGGCCACGCAGAUGUUGUAGAUCUCUUGGUCAAAGCAUAUGGAGCUGAUUCGAACAUGCGAGACUACAGUGGCAAGAAACCCCAUCAGUACCUCUCGCGACCAGACACGGUCAUCUCGAUCGACACGUUCCGCAGUGAGUACAACACCAAGUCUUCCUACUCUUCUUUCGAACGUGGAGGCCUCUACUCCUCGACGAAAGCCGUUCUUAAAAACAGCCUCUUGAAGCUGACGCCCGGGCACCAUUCGACCUACUCUGAAUCCUCUCUCGACUCCAAGUUGACUACUUCCUCCACCGAAUCUUGUUACAGCGAACAGGGCAGCAGCUUGACGCUCAAGUCCAAUCCCGAAAAGAAACGGCACCUGGCCGUCAGUCACAGCAUGUUGCGCGAAUUUCGUCCCAGCAUCCGGCGCAGAGCCAAUUCUUCUUCCGCUUUUGUCAAUAACACUACUUAAUAAUAAUUAGUGCUCAAAUACGGCACAAAGAUUUGUACUAAAUGAAACGGUUUUGCUCACGCUGCUCCUGUUCGCUGCUGGAUUAUUUUUUAAAAAAUUCGAAUUUACUUUCGUUUUUAUAUUCGUAAUAUCUUGAUGAAAUUAACACAGCCAUUUUGAAACAAAUUAACGACUGAAUGAACUAUAUAAUGCAUGCUCAUCCCAAUUUAAUAACAGGAUUGGGGCUUUCCUGUCGGUAUACUUACUAACUGCUUACUACUACUAAAUUGCAUGAUCCUAUCCUACUUAAUCCUUAAAAUACAAAAUGAAAAUUCUUGUUA